AUGAUAAUAGUAAUUCAAGUAUGUGACAUAUCAAUUUGUUUCAGGUUCGAUUUAUAUUUCCGUAAGAACCCCUUCGGUGGUGAAUACACCAUCUUUGCUGGUUUAGAAGAAUGCAUCAGAUUCAUUGCUAAUUUCAAAUUGAGUGAAGACGAAAUCGAUUUCGUUCGUGAGUCUUUAUCUCCUUCAUGUGAGGAUGGAUUCUAUGAUUAUCUUAAAGGAGUUGACUGUUCAGGAGUUGAAGUCUAUGCCAUUACAGAGGGUUCAGUUGUUUUUCCAAAGGUUCCCUUGCUAAGAGUUGAAGGGCCAAUUGCUGUGGUUCAGUUGCUGGAAACUCCAUUCUUGAAUCUUAUUAAUUAUGCAUCAUUAGUUGCUACUAAUGCUGCAAGGCAUCGUUUUGUUGCUGGAGAAUCUAAAAUGCUACUUGAGUUUGGUCUUCGACGGGCUCAGGGACCUGAUGGGGGAAUAGGGGCAUCAAAGUACUGCUACAUGGGAGGAUUUCAUGCAACAAGUAAUGUUGCAGCUGGGAAGUUAUUUGGGAUACCACUUCGUGGGACACAUUCUCAUGCUUUUGUCAGCUCAUUUAUGAGCCCUGACGAGAUUAUAGAUAAAUCACUUCGUAGCAGUGAUAGCCAGAGCACUUGUGAGGAUUUUGUUAGCCUGGCUCAAACUUGGUUAAGCAAGAUUCAGUGGUCGAAUUCAUUAAAUGGCACUUUUGGUGAGACUAAUCAAAGUGAGCUAGCAGCUUUCACAUCAUAUGCAUUGGCAUUCCCUGAUAACUUUCUAGCUCUUGUAGACACAUAUGAUGUUAUGAGGAGUGGAAUCCCUAACUAUUGUGCCGUUGCUUUAGCACUCAAUGAUUUAGGGUACAAAGCAACCGGCAUUAGGUUGGAUUCAGGUGACCUAGCAUAUUUGUCUUGUGAGGCUCGGAAGAUUUUCCAUACCAUUGAGAAAGAAUUUGGAGUACCUGGGUUUGGAAAGACGAAUAUUACAGCUAGUAAUGAUCUCAACGAGGAAACUUUGGAUGCUUUAAACAAACAGGGUCAUGAGGUUGACUCAUUCGGAAUUGGAACCUAUGUAGUUACUUGCUAUGCUCAAGCCGCUUUAGGGUGUGUUUUCAAGCUUGUUGAGAUAAAUAAUCAGCCUCGCAUUAAACUUUCUGAAGAUGUUACAAAGGUAUCCAUUCCUUGUAAAAAGCGGAGUUACAGAUUGUAUGGAAAAGAAGGUUAUCCUCUGGUAGACAUAAUGACAGGGGAAAAUGAACCACCUCCAAAGGUUGGAGAAAGAAUCCUGUGUCGUCACCCUUUUAAUGAAUCAAAGAGAGCAUAUGUGGUGCCACAGCGUGUUGAAGAACUUAUGAAAUGUUUUUGGUCUGGAAGCCCAGGUGGAAUAAGAGAAGAUCUGCCACCAUUAAAGGACAUCAGGGACCGCUGCAUAACACAACUAAGGAAAAUGCGUCCCGACCACAUGAGGAGACUAAACCCAACACCGUACAAGGUUAGUGUGAGUGCGAAAUUGUACGAGUUCAUUCACUUCCUGUGGCUCAAUGAAGCACCUGUUGGGGAGUUGCAGUGAGUAUGUAGCAGCAAGGGGUUACAUGAAGCAGAAUACAUUCUUUUUGUUUUCUUAGCGCAAGCGAUGUUUGAA